AUGAACCCUACUCAGCAUCAACAUGUCACUAAUGCAUUAGCUUCUGUUGCUCCUCCUGUUGGUAAUUAUCCUGCUUUUGAUUUAGGAAAAUUUUGGGCAGAGCAGAUGCAACUAGCCAACCUCUUUGAUUCUGAUUUUAAGAAUCAUCCUUUACCAUUAGCAAGAAUUAAAAAAGUUAUGAAAACCGAUCAAGAAGUGAAGAUGAUUAGUGCAGAAGCACCUGUUUUAUUUGCAAAAGGAUGUGAAAUAUUUAUUACAGAGUUAACAAAACGUGCUUGGGUUCAUGCAGAAGAAAAUAAAAGACGUACUUUACAAAGAUCUGAUAUUGCAACAGCUAUUUCUAAAACAGAUAUGUGCGAUUUCUUAAUUGAUAUUGUACCGAGAGAAGAAGCAAUCAAAAGCCAUAGCACACCUUAUGAACACCACCACCAACAACAACAACAACAUCAUCAUCAUCAGCCAGAAUACAGUAGUUAUUAUCCUCCUCCUCAAAGUGCAGUACAUCAAUACGCUCCACAACAAGUAAGUAAAAGAAGGAUAUUAAAAGGAAAUGUGUAUUUUAAUUUUAUUUUUAUUUUUAUGGAUAUUAUAGACAAUGGAUGCUGCAACUGCAUAUGCAUCUUAUCCUCAAUUGACAGCUGA